CCCCUGGUUAGGUUCUUCACCUAACAGCUUCUUCUUCCAUGGAAACUUUAUCAAACUCUGUUUCAAAUAUCAAAAUCUCAUCACCCCCACCACCAGCAUCAACACCAAAUCGUGAAUUUCAUCGCUUCACAAGAACUCCUCAUCCAAUCCCUAACCGGUACAUUGAGACACAGUUUCUUGUAGAAGUGGUCAGUAAAGAAGAAAUGAAGAAGGUCUUUGGUGUGGGGGUUCUUCACGUAACAGCUUCUUCUUCCAUGGAAACUUUACCAAACUCUGUUUCAAAUCUCAAAAUCUCAUCCCUUCCACCACCAACAUCAACACCAAUUCGUGAAUUCCAUCGCUUCACAAGAACUCCUCAUCCAAUCCCUAACCGGCCUCCAAAACCAAAAUCUCAAAAAAUCAUAAAUUUCGUACACAACAAUCACUCUCUACCAUUUUCUUCUUCAACAACCCCGUCUCUCAUACUCAAACAAUCUUCUCCAAUAUUCCAUCACAAGCCUGCUACUGGAUAUGCUGCUGCAGUCAUAGAUGUAGCUCAAACCAGCAACACGCUUCAUGCAGUUCAAAGGGAUGUUCUUCGACUCUUGAAAUUCCUCAGGAAAUCGAAGCUUCAAUCAGAUGGUGGUAUCAUUGAUGUUUCAGCGGUUAGGAAGGUGGUGGAACAGGGGAAUUUUGAGCGGCAUGUGGUUGGGUUGGUGAAGAUGUUGAUGAAGAAGAAGAAAUUGGGAAUGGUUGGGCAAGUGUUGGAAGAGUUUGAGAGGAUUUAUGAUGAAUUGUGUGGAACUCAAGUUGUGUUGGUUUCAUCAAAAACAGAAAUUGGAAAAGAUGAAAUGUUUGGAAUUGCAAAAAGUGUGCACAAACUUAGUGGAGCAUUUAGGGUUAGGGUUAGGAAUUUGGUUCAAGAUUUUUUUUUUUUUGACAAAUGGUUCAAGAUUAGAACAUUGUUAUGUGUGAAAGUUUGUAAUGCAAAUGUUGAAAACUGAAUUGCAAUUGGUAGAGCAUAUUAUCCUGACUUGAUUUUUAUGUGCAUCUAUCAAACAACAAAAAUUGCAGAAUUUUGCCUCAUUUUCUGAUGUUUUAACUAUGUAUCAAACUUUUCAAUUC